CUUCUUGAAGUGACAAUGAGCUUCGCCGUUGUUCAUGACAACGGUGGAACCCUAAGUUAUCACUGAAUCACGACUCACUUCUACAAACAAAGCGUUGCAUUGAUCCAAUACUAAAGUAUCCAUUCUCUGAAAAGAUUAUUCGGCAACGGUCUGGUAUCAUGGCGGCGAAAGCAGUUGGCAUUUUUGGCCUCCUGCCUUGUUUUCUUAGCUGUGCGAUAAAUUGUCUGGAAUUAGACGUGAACAAUACAAAUUCCAUUCGUGCAGCAGCACGUACCGUUGCAGAUGGCAUCUUCCAUUACUACAAGAAUAACGCCUCAGAUACGGAUCCAGAGCAUGUUGGCCUUUUUCCAUUCCCGCCAUACUAUUGGUGGGAAAGCGGAGCCACAUGGGCUGCCAUGGUCGACUACUACACUUACACCGGUGACUCUAGUUACGUAGAGGUCACUAUGGAAGCUCUUCUUGCGCAGAAAGGGCCCGACAACAAUUUCAUAGUCCCGGCGCACAGAUUUGACGAAGGAAACGAUGAUCAAGCCUUUUGGGGCUUGGGUAUCAUAUCUGCGCUUGAGAACCGGUGGCCCGAACCACACGCUUCAGAACAAGACUGGCUUUCCCUCCUCACUGCACUUUUCGAGAACCAAACUGAGCGUUGGGACACAUCGUCUUGCGGCGGUGGCCUCAAGUGGCAGAUUUACCCCGAGAACAGCUACGGAUACGACUACAAAAACUCUGUCUCCAAUGGCGCGUACUUUCAGCUUGCGGCCCGCCUCGCUCGGUACACAGGCGACGCCAAAUACGUCCAUCUAGCGACCAGAGUUUGGAACUGGUGUGAAUCAGUGGGUCUCAUCUCUCCUAGUUACGACGUAUUUGACGGAACAAACGAUAAGUUGAAUUGCACGCAGCUGGACCACACGCAGUGGACGUACAACACCGCGAUCUUUCUCGAAGGCGCGGCUGCACUGUGGAAUUUCACCAACGAUCCCGUCUGGACGCGGCGCGUGGACGGCCUCCUGGCCGCAUUGACUUCAAACUUCUUCAGCCCGUUCGCUAACGCAACCAAUGUCAUGUUCGAGUCAGCGUGUGAGACUGCCGGUACGUGCAACAUUGAUCAGUACAGCUUUAAGGCAUUCAUGUCCCGAUGGCUGGCUAAAACUAUGGUUCUCGCUCCAUGGACGCACGAUCACAUUUUGCCUCUUCUACAGGCCUCUGCAGUCGCUGCAGCACAGUCUUGCUCAGGCGGCAUAAAUGGUGUGACUUGUGGCCAUAAAUGGUACCUAAGAGGAUGGGAUGGGACGUCCGGUUUAGGACAGCAGCUGAGCGCGCUGGAGACGAUCCAGAGUUUGUUGGUUUUCCAGAAUAAUGGACCAUACUCGCUCGUUGUAGAGGAGAAUGGUGCUCCUCCAAUAACGCGUCUGCCAGAGAACGAUACUGUGUGUAUUUUGUAA